GGCAUGGGGCAGACUCUGUAAAUGCUUAGGCCAAGACUUUCAACCUUACCUGGGUGUUGCUGUUCCAUAUUUACUUCAGUCUGCUCAACUUCAGUCGCGUGGCACUUCACUCAAUCAGUCUGAAAGUGAAAAUUCAUUUCGGAGUACGAGGUCCUUGAAUCUUGAAGAUGAAAGGACUGAGAGCAAAAAUAAAGUCCUAAAGGAGAAAGCAAAAGCCUGUAAAAUGCUGUGUCUCUGUGCUACUGAGUUGAAGGAAGGCUUUGAUUUAUGGAUUGAUGAGGUUGCUCACACAUUGGUGCCGCUUAUAAAUUUUGAUCUCUAUGAAGAAGUUAGAGAGGUUUCUGUCUUAGCCCUGCCGCCAUUAUUGAAAUCUUAUAAAGCAGCAAAGGAGAAAGGGUAUGUUGAGGGAUAUCAGGAAUUGCCUUUCGAGAAGUUGUGUGCUUUCAUUGUAACAGCUCUAGUGGAAGCUCUUCAUAAGGAGCCAUUGAUGGAAAUUCAAGUAACAAUUUUAGAGGCAAUAAAAGAAUGCAUGGAGGUGUCUGGACCUACACUAAACACAGAUCAGAUCAAGCGUUUCUUAGAUAUAAUAAUAAAGAUAAUUAUCGCAACUUCUACCCUUUCAGAAAGCGAAGUGGAAAAUAAGCAUAUGGAACAUUUUCAUAACAAGGUCUACAUUUUAAAAUACUCCUUCAUAUUUGGCUUUGGUACUGUUGGUUAUUCAUUUACACGACUAGAGUGAACCGUCUGUCUUAACACAGGCUUUUGAUUGCU